UCAAGCCUGAAGUUUUCCCAACCAGCGAGGGUGGGAAUAGGAAACUUCAGAGCUUUCUUACUUUCUGAAAAUUGUUUCAGCGCACCCAUAGGCACCCAUCUUCCAAGCCCUGUUGGGGUAUCGAGUGUAGUGGAAUUUGCAAUUGCCCUGAAUGCUGGGCCCCCUUCUUGGUUGCUUUCCAUUUUUAGAAACUGCCUCUUAUUCCCCUCCACAGUGGCUUCCUGCUCCAUUGGAAUAGGCCAAUUCAGACGCUAUACAUGAGCGGAUCCUUAAUCAUCCCAUCAGUGCAAAUUCUAAUUUUGUUUUAUAUUCUGUUAAACGUUUGUGCUGAUGGAUUUACUGAAGACUUACAGCAUUUUCUGAUUUUUAUUAUUCCAAGUCUCUGAAGGAGGGCAGAGCUGUGCUUCGAUGUUGUCACACUGAUUCUUGCAAGGACCAGCACUUCAUCUUAGCCAUGGCUCAGAUCCUCCAUCUCGAAAUUCCAAAUUUUGGGAACAAUGUCCUCGGAUGCCUGAACGAACAGCGGUUAAUGGGGUUGUUCUGUGAUGUCUCUAUUGUUGUCAAAGGUCAAUCCUUCAAGGCACACCGUGCUGUGCUGGCUGCCAACAGCCUUUAUUUCAGGGACUUGUUCAGUGGCAACAGCAAAAGUGCAUUUGAGUUGCCCGCCAUGGUGCCACCUGCCUGCUUUCAGCAGAUCCUUUCCUUUUGUUACACUGGCAAGCUCACCAUGGCAGCUAGUGAGCAGCUGGUGGUGAUGUAUACAGCAGGCUUCCUGCAAAUACAACGUAUUGUCGAGAAAGGAACCGAACUGAUGUUCAAAGUGAGUUCCCCACACUGUGACUCUCAGACCACCUCCAUUGAAGACACUGGCUCUGAACCGCAGAGUCCUUGUCCCCUACAGCCACCUGCCACUCCAUCCGUUGUAUCUCCAGCUUUGCCCAUUCCGUUGCUGUCUCGAGUGAAGAGUGAACACUGCGAGCAAGAUCUGACAGCACCUGGCAUUUAUACACUUGCAACAAAGCGCUCACUGGAAGCCAACCUGCGUGAAAGUGCCAGUCACCUAAACUGUGCAACACCUUUGAAAUUGCCCAGAGUUUCCUAUCCUGGAUCCUGGGGAGCCACAUCUUUUGUGCAACCAGUAACCUAUGUUCAAGCAGAGCGCACAAGCCCAGGUGGAAGCAGUAAUCAGACCACAGACAGUCCAACGUCAUACCAUAAUGAGGAAGAGGAUGAUGAUGAUGAAGCAUAUGAGACUAUGGGAGAAGAUCAGUAUGGACAGAUGUACAUCAAGGCAUCAACAGGAUAUCCUGCUCAAGAGAAGGUUGGGCAGCUGGCAAACCAGAUGACAGUAGAAAAUCGCUCCUGUGUGCUUGUUCGUCGUGAUUUGGUUGCACUCCCAGCUAGUCUCAUCAGUCAGAUUGGCUACAGGUGUCACCCAAAGCUAUACUCUGAGGGUGAUCCUGGUGAAAAGCUUGAACUUGUCUCAGGCUCAGGAGUUUAUAUCACACGAGGUCAGCUGAUGAACUGUCACCUCUGUGCAGGGGUCAAGCACAAGGUCCUCCUCCGUCGUCUGCUUGCCUCAUUCUUUGAUCGCAACACUUUGGCAAAUAGUUGUGGCACAGGGAUUCGUUCCUCCACAAGUGACCCUAGCAGAAAGCCUCUGGAUAGCAGAGUCUUGAAUGCAGUAAAAUUAUAUUGUCAGAAUUUCGCUCCCAACUUCAAAGAAAGCGAGAUGAAUGUGAUUGCAGCUGACAUGUGUACUAAUGCUCGACGGGUUCGCAAGCGUUGGCUUCCCAAGAUCAAAUCUAUGCUGCCUGAUGGGAUGGAAGUAUAUCGCACUGUUAUUGGAGAUGCAAGCGGUGGAAGCAGCUUGGACCCGGAACUCUAUGGAACUGGCUCAACAUUUGAGCAAAGUAGUCAAACUGAGAAGAGAAAUGAUUCUGGGACUGUACUUGGAGAAAGAUCAAACCCUGUGAACAUAGACGUGGAGUCCCCCAAAUCUGAGCAGUCAUGUGAACAGAAUGAAAUGGUGGAGUCAGUAAUAAGAGAAGCUGCUGGCGCUAAUAUUUUGGGCCCAGACACACCCAACACAGCCCACACUUUUGAUCAAGAGGACACUUCCUCUAACAAUAGAUCUGAAACACCCAUGAGGAAACUGGAUGGAACGUAUGCAGGGACCUUGUGAAGAUUUCCACUGUGGUCAAAAGGAAGCGCAUCUUGUUAUUUGAAAUGGCUUGCAUGCAUACUAACCCUCUCAACAUUUGGCAGUGUUAUUUAAGCCACUGACCUGUACCUGUUGCCUGAAGAAGUAACUUUUAUUCCAUCUGUAUACGGUAUGCCGUGAAGAAAUGAAGACGCCUUUAUAACACUGAAACAGAUCUUUACAGUUCAACUGUCUUGAUGAGAAGACAACAGAAUUUGCAGUCUCUCUGCCCUUUGAAAGGCCCAAAUGAGGAGCAACUGGAGUAAUUUGGAAGUUGCCUUUCAACUGGUAAACAGUGUCCAGAUCAUUUUAGCACUGUUGGUCCAUUAACAAACUCUCUUAAAAUGGAACUGACUGACACAUAGAAAAACACACUAACUGGUGAAAAAUGGGAUUGAAAAGUGUAUAAUUUUUAGAGAAAACAAAAUUAUGUUCUCAUCCUUGUCAACCUGGACAUCAGUUCUCUCUCCUCAUAUCGCCAUGGCCAAGUAAACUGCUCCAAUGUGUGAUCGCUUAUCUAGGUAGAAUUUGAUAUUUAGAAUAAUCUGACAUUUUUUCAGACAUGUAUAAAUAUAAAAACUGAUGUCAUAAGUGAUUAUGACGCAAGAACUUGUCUUUCAGCUGGUAAGAAGUCUUGAAAGUGUUCUGCUCAUGUAUGCUGGGAAUGUUUUGGGCAUUUUACAGGUCAGAGGGCAGCAGUUUCAGGAAAGCAGCUUGGACUUUAAACUUACCCUGGUUUGAUGACGUAAGAAGUAUUUAAUGCGGUGAUGGGGGGGUUAAGGUGAGAAAGGUUCAAUCAAAAUCUUAAAAUGAGUGAAGAAUGUGUGACCAAGGGUGUUUGCAUGCUGUGACUAGACUGAUCAUGCUUAAGAUGUAGAUUAUCAUAAAAUAUUUCAUAGAUUGUAAACAUGCAAAACCAUGUGCCUUAGAUAUUUGAUUUACUCCCUCUUUGGAAAACAAAAAUCCCAUCCUAUUUGAGCUGAUUUAUUUUUGUGAAUGUGUAAAAGAGUACCCAUAGUAUUUAAGUGACUUAACAGUAUUUAUGUAUAAUACAGAUUUGUUCACUAUUAUGUGAAUUUUCCAAAUAGUUCCUACUUUGUUUGAUCAGCACUGCUAUAAAAACAGUGCUGUUAAUAAGACUGUUAGCUAAAUGCACUUUGCAGAAAAUAUUAUUUUUGUUUUUCUUCUGACCAAACUGAUCAUUCCCUUGACCGAUUUUAAGUCAUUUUUAAAUAGAAGUCAAAAGUGCCAUUCAACAGCUUGGCCGUAUAACCUUUGCAGCUUGAACAUUUUGAGAUACACUGUAACGAUGCACUUUAUCGUACAUGCUAGAAGGUUAUAAAAUAAUUCAGAUCAAUUGGGGGUCCUCUGAUUAUAGUUAAUAUUUUCCUACAUUUUAUUUUUAAAGAGGAGUUGCCAAGUUGAUUAAACAGUAACUUGACUUCUAUCUGCAUUACUAAAAUAGGAAUACUUCCUUAGAGUGAAUAACAGUGAUAUCAUUGUCUGAAAUACACCUCCAGAAUGCUGACUCUUCUGCCAUUGGUACGUUGUCCUGCGAUUAUUCUAUCUCUUUCCAAUUCAUGUGCUGGUUACUGAAUAAAAUCAUGGAAUGUAUAAUUUUCCUUCGCCCUAUUCCUUUCUGUAGUAGAUUCAAAAUUAAUUUUUUUCCCUACAUGUAGUCAGAGCUUGUUUCCUUUAUUUUAAAGAAAAGCUGCCUAUUUUAACGCUGGGGUGAUCUGUCCUUAUUAUUUAAUCUGCAAAAACUUCUGUUCGGAAGGUAAAUGGUUAGCUAUUGAUACUUAUGCUGCCCAUGUUUGCUGCCUCUGUUCGGGACUCGAUAGCUAUGAUCAAACUAAAAUACAUUUCAAGCCUGACUCGUAUUUUUAUGGCUUCCUUGGGGAUUUCUGUUUGCAGGACUUAGUGCAUUUUCUUGUGCUGUUGUCCCAAAGCUACCUCAUUAACAAUCCACCCUGCACCAUGCCACAUCUCGUGCCUGAUGCUAGCUUCCACUUGCUGUAGCAGAAGAACUCACCACUGGCCAAAUAUCCUGGAAUAGACUAGCAUCCGUGGUGCCAUCUUAUAACCCUGGCCAAAACGAGUCACACACUGGCACUAUGGAGCUGUACGUCAUCAGCCACGAACCCACACUGUUCAUGGCAUGUGGCUGAUAGUUGCUUGUACAACUCUCCUCUGACUCAAGCCACACAACUUGCUCGUUCUCAGCAACAUCUCAUCUUACUGCCCUGUCAAAAUCACUGCUACUGUGUCCCCAAAAGCUCACUGAAAAUUAGCGUUUCUUCAUUGUCCAGUAUCAGACCAUCACAUGACAGCAGCAAUCGAACAAUAUCAAAGGUUAUCUUCUGCUUACCAUCAACGGAAGCAAACUCUAAAUGAACAGGCAGCCUUUUACCCCCAAAAUACAAAUGAUUGCUUGCAUGUUGACCAACAACUAUUUUGGUCAAUGAUUGUUAGAUACACUUAGCCCUCGACUACUAAACUUGUGUCUGCAGUUCCCAUUAUCUCAGUCCAUUCCUGUCUGGCUCAACACAGCUGACCUCUGUCAUGCGCAAGGUGAGCCUCCACCUGCUAAUUGUCCUUCUCCUCCUCCAAAGAAAGCUGCUCCCAUUUUCCCAGCUCCUCAACGUUACAAAUGUCCCCACUUUUCCUGCUCCAAAUGUGCAUAGCACAGCAUGCUAGGAUGAUGGAAUGCGCAUUCUCCAAAGUAGACUUCAGCCCUUUCACCCUUGCCCCAAAGCUUGUCCCAACAACAGAAAUGUGUUAUCAGCAGCUUUGGCCGCCACAUCCGUAGUUGAAGCAAAGGUGGGAUUUUAACUGUGCUCUGCAUCAAUCGAAGUAUUCCAAAAAAGGGACAUUCGUCACGUUUGCAGUGAGUAACCCAGUAACCAGGCUGUUAAGGUAUAUGGGCAUUCAAACAUGGCAGGAACAUGAAAAUGUUACAGGCUAUAGGAGUCCUGGAUGCUACCAGGGUAUUGGGUGUGCUUCAAGAACUGGUAAUGGUGAUCACUGAUCACUUGCAGAUUAAUAGAUGAGAUUCUGUUCCUAUUGAUGAAGUGCACUGCGUUAUGAAAUGGCCGUUUCAGUGCAUCAUGUGUGCAGUCAGUGGUGCCUGCACCUGGGCUAAGCUAGCCAAGCUGCCAAAUCCUGCCUGUGCUUUAGCACUGACAUUGUUAUGGGGGAAAUAAAAUGAACCAGUGCAAUCUUGGCAUUGAACAUUUCUUGAUGCAUAUGUAUGUGAACAAUAGAGUGAUUACAUACAGGACUCCUGUGGCUCUCUGGAAGGAGCCAGUCAUACAGAAGUUCACUGCAGUUGUCGUUCUUCACAAUCAUCAAGAGAGCACAGCUCCCACCCCAACCCACUCCUUCAGUUUUCACUAUCUGACACUGUUCAGUAACAGUACCCUGGGCUGUCCAGUGUCUAUGUUGACACUGUCCGCACUUGUCCCAAAGAAUUGGUUUUGAGAAUGAAAGACACCGGCCCUCUUGUGUUCUCAAUGCACGUUAAGAAUCCUGCAGCUGAGACAUCUACCUGUGGUGCAGACUCAUCACCCUCUGCUGUGGCUUGCUGCUGCUUCUAGGGUGGCUGUUGCAUCUGCCUUUCCUCUAUCUGUGUUUGGCAUUGUAGCAGGACAACCACUGUGACAAGCAUACUAUCUGUGGCUGGAUUCAUCACCAUUGCUGGCACUGACCUGUGUUGGCAUAUUAGGAGCAGCUUAAGCUGUUAGCUCUGAAAAGAGUCAAUUGCUGGCAUACCCUACAAAUGAUAGCUGCCCGCAUUCCUCCAUACAAAACGGCAGUGCAGUGCCUGGAUGAGGAGGGCCAUAUACCGAUUUAUCGCAGCUCUUUGAGAUAGACACUUGCUUGGUUGAGGAACUCCACUGGCUGAGUGACAAAUACACAGCAGUAUAGUGGGAAUGCUCCAUGACUUCUGAAUUCUUCCCAUUCCAGUCCCAUAUCAACUGGAAGUUAAGACUGCAUGCAAAAUCCUGUCAUAACACUUAGUGCAGAUGGAGAGGAAUUGUUACCUGCCAAAUGGCUUCCUUAAGUUGCACAAGAAUUGUUUUUUGUCUGUGACCCAUAUCAGCCUCUAAGUCAGUUUCGAUUUACUCCAUUGGAAUAUCUGCCCCUUCGAGGCCCAGUGGCAUGGUGGAUGUCGCUUGUGACUAGCAUUUGUUCUAUAUAUGCACUGUAUGCAAAUCCCACGCACAAUGAUACCAUUAUAAAUGAUAUGAAGCUGCAAUCUGCAAGAGCAUAAUUGAUGCAAUUACCCCUUCAGUGACCUUCCUCCAAGUUGACACAGACUCUGCCCAUGCUAGGUGUUGUCUUUAGUAUUUUCCAGGUGCAGAUCACUUCUGCUAUUUGGAAGGUGGUGAUAACAAGCUCAUAGUGGAUACCCUCACCACCAGGUUCGGCCUGGUGUUGUCAGGUAUACCCCCACAAUAGAACUUCCAGGCAUUGUUUUAUCUUGCAACACCUUGUCACUCUGUUUCUAGUGAUUCUGUUCUUUCAUUCAUACAUGUGAAUACACCCUGCCCCAUGUGGAUAUCUACCACAUUGGACUCUGUCUGCAGUUUUUCCUUGUGUCUCCUUGGCCGCCAUGUUACAUUUUGAUGCCCACUGUGGUGGUGUCUGCCCCCUCCAUGUAGGCCAUGGUGGCAAUUACUGCAUAUCACCACCAACACUGCACCUAUAAUCUUCCAUUCUGUACCAGCUAACACCUUAUACCUCAGGCUUCCACUCCCCUACCAUGCUUGUCCCCGUCUUCAGUUCAUGUCCCGGUCCAGCCUGAGUUUGGUGCUUUUCCUUGCAUGCAAAAAUGUCUUUGGAACACCACACGGUGCAGCUUUAAAGUGGAAAAAUCUACUGUAAAGCUGGGCUUGAGGGCUGUCAGAUACCACUGCGUGUGUGGGGUGUGAUCAGCCACUGCCCAUGGGGUGAACCCUGAAAUGUUCAUGUCGUGUGUCCAAACUGGCUGGCUGGAGAAGCAACCAGAGUGCUGUCCUCUUUUUAGUUUCAUCAUGGCGUGUUAUAUGAUAGUGAACUGCAUAUUAAUGAGGCUAGAUAUGCAGUUAAUGAUGCUGAAGCAAGCAAAGUUCCCCGUUAAUCGGCACCUCACCACUAACUAUUGGGAAUCUUGUCUCCAUGCUUGGAAUCCACUUGGAAUAUGCAGUUAGUUGCUCUUGACUCAAGGAAGACCUUGCUGAAAUUUGCUCCUCUUCCAGGUAGUGGAGAGUAGCUUGUGUGCCUAAUAGGCUCUGAUAAAAAUUUGGCCUUAAGAUUUCUCAUCCUCAUUCUAUUGUUUUAGAAGUUACUGAAGCCUCUAGUUCACUUCUCUCCCCAAGUUUAUUCAGAUUGGGAGCUGAGGAAUCAGGAAUGUAUUGACACCUUCCUGUCCUGUUGCUGGUUCAGUUGUGUUGUCCAGUACUUUUGGUUCUCCUUGGUUUUGAAUCUGAGUUGGUGGUCAUCUUGUGAAUCACCACAGCAGUAUUUUGCCUGACUUACCAUUUGAUUGUGAUGUGGCUCUAUACUAAAGACAGUUUAUCAGCGUAAAAUGUUCUGCUGAAAAGUCAGUGCAUAAAUACAAAUGUCUACCUUUGUUAUUCUUGAUACCGAGCUUCCAUCCAUUCAAGUAAUUUGGAGAGGAUAAACCAGAGGGAACAGUGUACAUAACUGCGCUCUUAAUUUAGGGAUGAGGAUGUUCAGCUUUUACCUGAUUGAAUUUCUUUACAGACUGACAUGUUUUGAAUAAUUGGGACUAAAAAUGGAUUUUGUUGCAUCCUGCACAAUGGAUCCCAUGUAAUUCCGAUGCUAUGUAUUAAUGGCACAAGAGGAAGCCACUUUUUCCGCCUUUCCUUGCAGGUAUUAUCCAGUUGCUAUGGAUGCCACUUCUAAUAAAACAUUAAAACCACAGGGUGACAGGAUAAAUCUUCCUGCAUGUUUUACUUUAACUCUGUUUUAACUUAUUGGCCGCUUCCUCCUUCCUCCACCCAAAAGAAAAGCAAUUUGGUGAUUACAAUAACAAAAUGACAGCACAUUGCUUCAGUUAUGUACUGACACACCUCUUGCUGUCCUAUUUAAAUGUUCUAGCAAUGUUGUUCCUUUCUUCUUUCUCCUCCCUUCCUCCUGUGUAUUCUCUUCAGCAUCCUGCAGGUCAUCUCACACCACUGUCCGAGCACAUCAAAUGCAUGUUUCAGACAGUGGAAUUGCUGACCUGAUGAGGGCAGCCUAGUCCCCCUGAAACCACCAAGUAUAUUGUCAGAAGUUGUAAUUUGUUGGGAAUGUUUAAUAUUGAAGAAAUUAAGCAAAAUCUGGUUAUAUUCCCUUCAAAAUGUUCAUCAGUGCAGACACUGAAUUUUUUAAAAAUGAUAUUUUAUUGCUUAGUAUUUGCAAACCAUGACAUUGAAUGCAAUGGUAAAGGAAUAACUUUCAAUUGCAGGAGCAAGUCAUUUGCAAUUAAAUAAUCUCCAGUGCAAGUUCCAGUAACUACAAAUUAAAAUUACUACUUAAUAUGCUCUGUGGUAACGAUGGGAGCAAGUGGCUGACUAGCACCUUAUCUUAAACACUGGAAAAUGUUAAUUGGCUAGCCAUAGGAUCAACUGAGUGAUUUUCAAAUUUGUAGACACUAAUUUGUCAAAAAAAAGUUGUUAAUCUUUUUGUCUGAAAAUGAUUUUAGUUAGUUUUGAAGAAUUUCACUACUGAAAAAUGCAGUGAUAACAAAAAUAUUGACCCGUUUCAGAGUUCUGAAAAAGACAAACUGCUAUAGAGGAGAUUUGUUUUUAGUUUGUUGUGGCUGUCUUUGUGCUGAGAUUAUUUUUGCUCUAUAAUUGCCCCCUUCAGGCUUAAUUAUUUCCAGAAAUAAUUUGAGAAACAUUCAGUUAAGUUGUGAAUUAACCCCUUUUGGACAAGGUUACUUUGUGAACAUGCCUCCUUCUGGUUAAGGCAAGCAGAUUUGUUUUAUUGAAACUUUGGCAAGUGAUCUGACUGAGGUGGUCGAGAGAUGGCAGUUUAUGCAGCCCAUGUGUGCAAAAAAACCCCUGUAACAGAAGCACUGCUUGCCUUCAACGUUUGUGUUGUGCGUGCAUUCAGUUGAUUCAUAAUCAGUAUAUAUGAUCACUUCAAAAUGUCAUAGACAGGCAAAUAAUCAGUGAAGCUUAGACAACUUGAAUUAUAAGUUGUAGUUAAAUCAGGAAUUGUAUUUUUAAUAUUUUUAAUAUUCCAGGCUAUUAUUCUGGUGUAGUUUUGUAAUGUCAACCUUCACAUGGGCAAUUAUAUGAAUGGUAUCAAUAUGCUGAUUAUGAAAAGCGACCAUUUGAACUGUGGUAGCUGCAAUUGUAAGCUUAGCAUCCUUUUGACAUGAGGGUUUUAAAAGACUCUUGAAUCCUUGAACUUUGAAAAGAACUAAAAUAAUUCUUCGUCACAAUGCUCUUCGGUAAAAUGUAGUGUGUACGUAAAUUGCACUAGUCAGAGGUUGCUGUAAUCAGGGAUGAAAUGUAAAAUGGUAAGCUUCAAAGUUUAAAAAAAUUCCUGACAUGAAAGAGUUGAGGGGAAGAAGCUUAAAGGGACAUCUUUGCAAUUCCUGAAGACUUCACUGGAGGAUGUCAGAAAUUGGGAAAUGUGGUGUGUGUCACCUGAAUUAUUGGAGUAUCUAAUGGUCAGGUAACCAGACCAUUGAACAUGUUGUUGAGAGAUGUUUUCAUGUUGUUACAGAUUUGCAGGUUUUAAGUGCAGGAUCCCUAAACUGUCCCUGUUUGUUUUCUGAUUUCUUUAGUAGAAUUCACAACUGGUAAUUUUGUGGUUGUGACACACUUUCAUAUAUGCACAAAGUUCUUUUCUCCCCCCCCCCCCCCCAUGCAGUUGAGACACAUUAUGUUAUAUGUCUAAUAUUUUCAAUCAUUUAUCAAAUCCCUCCUUUGUCUGAAGAGGUGCUAACUUAUUUUUAAGUCUUCUCUUCUGCUCAAUAUCAAGACGGAUGCCAGCUACUUGUGUUUAAUAAAAGUAGCUUUUCUUAUUAAAUUUAAAUUACAAAAUAAAGAUGACUAAUUGUUAAUUAAAUCCCCUGUAUACAAGUUAGAUAUUAAUCAUAAAACGAUUCUAAAACAUUCUAAUUUUGUAGGCCAGCAAUUCUGGAUAAUGCUAACCAGUAAAAUCUGGAGUCAGUUGCCUGCAUUCCUCUUCAUUUUCCAGCUGGCAACAGUUAUGUUCCUGUUGGCAGGUGAGAACAGUUGUCAAUAUUGCGAAUGAAAACUUGUGAUAGUGUUUGAUUCAACAUUAAGGAAUAAAGUCGGUUUUUACAAGAACUGGUAAUUAUCUUUCUCCUCUCCCAAAAAUCCAUAACUGGCUUGCUGAUUUUGGCUCAUUGAUUUCUGAUCAUGUUCCUCACUGUUGGAAUCCUUACUGUGAAUGUUUGCAGCAGUCUCUGCAUUUUGCUCUCAAGUAUUGAUCACAAAUUUGUGACGUUUUCCUUUUAAACUUUUGUGCAGUGAUUAUUUUAACAUUUCAUUAUUUUAAAAAUGCAGUGUAGAAAUGCUUUUGACUUCUAGAAUGAGAAUCUCAAAUGUUAUUGAUUUGCAAAUUUUGUAAGUACUGUAGAUGUAAGAAAAUAAUUGGUGUUCCCUAUCUGUAGUGGCGGAAUGAAGGGGUUUGUUAAAACUGUUCCAAGAGUUGUACCAUCUUGGUAUGGAAGCUUGAAAUUGUAACCCUGCAUCUGCUUGAGACCCGGUUCUCAAAUCCAUCUCAACAGGGGAAUUCACGAGAGGAACAAAGUGAAGAAAUCUCUCUAGACCUGCUGAAUAAACAGGACUUGGUAUGGUUAGCACUUGAAAUGUUGUGAAAUGCAAGCGUUUACAGUUUAAGAUUUUGUAAUGUUUGGUUGGUUUGCUGUUGAAUCACUUUAUUUUUUUGUAAUUUUUUUUUCUCCCUUCCUCCUCUUCCUGAUCCUCCUGGCAGUUUAUUCCUGUUGGGUUCAAUUCUUUUCUGUGUUUGUAACAAUUCCAUAUCUUCCCAUGCAAUGCUUCUUUCGAUAUGAGUCUGCAUAUUGAAGGCUGGCCAGCGUGGGAAUGAAAGACCUCAACCCAAUCCUUGUUCCUCCCUAUAGAAAAAUCAUUUGUACCAUUGAAGUGCAGAAGGCAUUUUGGCUGAUUUAUUUAUCUCUGUCUAUUAACCUUCACAACUUGAAGCCAGGAACACUAAAGAUAACAUAAAUGUUAUGCCUGUGUUCAACCAACUUGGUUUAGACCAAAUAUCCAGCCUUCCUUCCCUACGUAAUCUCCCAGGUUGAGCAAUGGGAGAAAUGGCAUUGUGUAAAAUAAAUACUUCCAGAAAGCAAGUAAUAUCCUAUAUCUUCAAAAAAAUCAUGUUGAAAGCUGAAUGCUUGAAGUCUGUGAGGGGAUCCUUCGCAAAAGCUUGUUGAAGGAAAAACUGACAAUUUGCAAUCUUGCCAUUGUUUGGAUCAAGACAAAACUGAACUCUUUAAAUACAAAGACUUUUGUCAAACCUCUCAAAACUGAAACAGGGCAUUUAUUAUAAUAAACCUAGAAAUUUGAUUUUGUGUCCCAGUCCAUCUCAACAAUCCAGUUGGAAAACCAUCGACAAUGAAUAAGUCAGUUUAUCUUCCACCUCAUGUAAUACAAACUACGCUCCAGAUCUGUAGUAAUAAGCCUAUAGAAAAGCAUAUUCAUCACACCAAAAACAAAAUUACCUUAAUUUUUUUUUCCAGAAAUAAAAACGUACUUCUAUGAGAGCACUUUGCACAGGCUUGCUUUGAGAGCAUUUGUGUGUGUUCUUUGCACAUUCUUGCUGUCCCCGCCUCCACAUGCCACAGCAGUGGAAAUCUCAAACUCACUGAGCAAUACGACAGGAAAUUUAAUCUAAACUUUGCACCCAAGUUAUGCAUUUUAAGGUCACUUGUCACCUUUGACAGUCCAGGACUGAGGAAAGGUUGCAGUCAGGAAUGCCAUCUUUUGGAUGAGAUGUUAAACCAAAGCCCUUUCUUUUCUGAAGUGGCUAGACUUUGAAAGUACUUGAUUGUAAAGGAUUUUGGGGCAUCUUGAGACCGUGAAAAGUGCUGAAUAAAUGCAAGUUCUUUUUUGUAGACUGCAACAAGGAAAGGCAUUCCGUUUUGAUUGAAAACGUUGACAGAUACGUUUCUAAGCAAUAAUGCACAUUCUUUUCCUUUGCUCUACCUUGCCUUUUUUGCAUCUGUAAAGCAGAACAACCAAACACAAAAUCACACUUUAACUGUGACACAACUGCAGAAACCAUUCUGCAUCAAAAUAAAUGUAAGACCUUGAACUUAUCUUAACAAAUUUUUCAAGAUUUGAAAGAACGUUUCAUAUUCCUGAGCCCUUCUCUCAGCUACAGAUGAAAAGGGUGAAUUCAGUAUGCAAAAAGGAGAAUUUGUUGAGAUUAGCCUGACCUGCUGCAGGUUUGUGAAAAUGUGAGUUUUUAUUUUUAAAUGACGCUGUAAAAUGUCUAUGAGCCAUUUCAACACAUUUGCACCUUUUGAGUUCUAUGAAAGAUUGUAUUGGUGGAGCUGCCUUACUGAAAAUGGCACUGUUGGGACUGUUACCUCCAGCAAGAUGACUGUUAAAUUCUGGGACUGUUUCUAGACUUGGCCAAGAUAUAAUGUGUUCAAUAAAAGUAACACACUUCUACUGUU